AUGCCGUCGGAAUAUAAGGAUUCCUCUGGUAGAAUUAGGUGUCCGUGUGUUAGAUGCAUAAACAAUAGACAUGAAACUUUACCUAUGGUGAAAGCACACGUAUUCGAUUGGGGUUUUCAUCAAGGUUACGAGAAGUGGAUAUAUCACGGUGAAGCAGAAGCAGAUGUUGCCAAUGUGGUGGACGCCAACGAUGAUGAUGUUGAUGAGAUGAUUCCGAUGGUCGAAGACUUCCUUCUACCUACAACCGAAGAAGUUGAAAAUAAUCCUGCGGCGGGACAAUUUUAUGACGAUCUAUUUGACGAGAUAGAAGCUGAGUUAUAUCCUGGUUGUAAUUGGAUAUCUUCUCUUAACUUUUUAGCAAAAUUAUUGCAUUUGAAAGUUAGAGGCAAGAUUCCGAAUAAAAUCUUCGAUGAAUUACUGAAAUUACUAAAGCUUGCAUUUCCGAAGGGAAAUAAAAUUCCAUCAACCUACUACGAGGCUAAAAAAAGAUUACAGAAAUUAGGGUUAGGGUACGAGUCAAUUCAUGUAUGUGAACAUGACUGUUGUUUGUUUUACAAAGAGCAUUCAACUAAAGAGACUUGUCCAAUUUGCGGAAGUAGUAGAUGGAUUUCUCCUGAAAAAACGGAUGGAAAAAAGGUACCACAUAAGGUGAUGCGUUACUUUCCAUUGACUCCUCGAUUAAAAAGACUGUACAGUUCAAGACUUACAGCGAAGCAAAUGUUAUGGCACUAUACUGGGAAAUCAAAAGACGAUGGGAUAAUGAGACACCCAGUGGAUGGGUUAGCGUGGAAGGAUUUCGAUGCCAAACAUCCUGAUUUUGCUAGUGAACCUCGGAAUGUUCGUUUAGGUUUAGCUGCAGAUGGUUUCAAUCCGUUUGGCAACAUGAGUCAAGCAUAUAGUAUGUGGCCUGUGGUGUUGGCUAACUACAAUCUUCCACCUUGGAUGUGUAUGAAAGACAAUAAUUUCAUAUUAUCCAUUCUUAUUACUGGACCAAAAUCACCGGGAAAGGACAUGGAUAUAUUCUUGAGACCAUUGGUUGAUGAGUUAAAGGAGUUGUGGGUUAAUGGUGUCGAUACAAGAGAUAGUAUAACCAACACUAUGUUCAAGUUGCGUGCAACCUUAUUGUGGACAGUUAACGAUUUUCCUGCUCGUAGCUAUUUAUCUGGAUGGAGUGGUCAGGGAUACAAAGCUUGUCCGACGUGUAAUGAAGACACAACUUCUGUUCGAGUAAUCGGUAAGACAUCCUACAUUGGUCACAGAAGAUUCCUUCCAAGUAACCAUCGAAUGAGAAGAGACACUCAGUUUGACGGACAAAUCGAGAGAGUUAUGGGAACUCUGUAUUAUUAUAAUAUCGAUGGGCAUCCAGAACCUGAAAGAGUUAUGGGAACUCUGUAUACGGAGAUGCGCAAAAGAUAUUCAGAGAGAAAGAAUAUUAGGCAUUCUCAUUUCCAAAAAUAUUAUUCUGGAAAUCCGAAUGAUUUGGAUAGUGCUCUCAAUGCUAUUCCUGACUUGUGCUCGAAGGAGAGCUGGAAAGAAAUCGUCGAUUUGUUUCUGAGCCCAAAGUUUGUAGCGCGAUCCACGCAGAACAAGAAAAAUAGAAAGGAAAUGAAGUAUUUGUCGACGCAAGGCUCUAAAUCAAUGGCAGCGAUCCGUAACGAAUAUGUAAGUAAAAUACUUAACUUUAUUUGA